AUGAGUUCCACACCCGAAGGCGCAGCGCCGAGAAUAUCGCCCGAGAGUAAUGACCGUAGCUACAUGAGGCUGAUGGAGACGACGCAGUUCGUGAUCGAUUGCUGCGGUGAGAACGGCCUGGACGUUGGUGCUGAAGGCUGGAAGAGUAUCAUUCGUGUGCGAUUGUUGCAUGCCACGAUGCGACGGCGUUUACUCAUGAAGAGUCGAGGAGAGUGGGAGAAGAAUGGCUUCAGCAUCUACGACGAGCGCGCGGAAGGCGUGCCGAUCUCACAGGCCGACAUGAUCUUCACCUUGACCUCCUUCAGCACCGCAUCCAUGCACUGCUUACGAAAAGUCGGCAUCACCCCUUCGAAGCAAGCAUGCGAGGACUGGACCGCCCUAUGGCGUGUCAUAGGCUUCUAUCUCGGCAUCGACCCCUCCUUCCUCCGCCAACACCACACAACCUACCCCCAAUCCGAAUCCCUCCUCGCCUCCACCAUCCUCUCCGCCUUCGCAGCCGAAGCCUCCCCACCACCCCCCGUCCAAUUCCCCUCCGAGGCAAACCUCGUCUCGAAGCAACAGCAAGUCCAGCACGUCACCCACAUCACCACAAUCUCCGAUCCCUACGCCUCUCCACCGACCCUUCCUGUCCUCCUCUGCAUCUGUAACCGCUGGCCGACCCCAUUCACGUUUCCGCAACACUGCGCCGCAGCUCGGCAACUUUGCGGACCGGCGCUGUCGGACUGGCUCUCGAUCCCGACCACGACGUGGUGGGAGACGGCGUUGAUGAGGGUGGGGUAUUUCCUCGGAGCGAUGCCGCCGCGGUUUGCGCGAGUUAGGAGGGCGGGGUGGGAUAGGAAGAGGAGGGAGGUGAUGGAGGAUACGGUGAAAGGAGCGGUGGGGCUGAGUCUAGGGUUGAGGAGGACGAAGUUCAGACCGAGGGUGGAGGGGGCGAUGAGGCCGGAGAAGGUCGGGGAAGAAUUCUAUGGUGUGAGCAGGUUAGGGAGCUGGAGGGAGGGGUUUAGGAUGUGGGGAGCGUUGUAUGGGGAGAUGGCGGUUGUGGUGGGAGUGGCAAGUGUCAUAGGCGUGGUGUUGGCACCGAUUACUGUUCCUGCUCCAGGGCUUUGGCUGGUAUUCGGCAGCUGA